AUGGCUUCGCCGUUUUCAUUCCGUUCUUGGUCUCUAAUUACACACAUCGAAGGCACCGGCACUUUCGGCAGAGUACGGCUGGUACGCCACUUGGACAACGGAAAAUUCUUCGCCCUCAAGAUAUCAAAGAAGGCGUCAAUAAUACGGAUGAAACAGGUGGAGCACGUGAAGAAUGAGGUGUCACUCCUGAGCAUGAUCGAGCACCCUGCCAUAGUCAACAUGUUUGGCUACUUUCUGGACGACACGAAGCUGUACCUCGUGAUGGAAUAUGUGGAGGGGGGGGAGCUAUUCAGCCACUUGCGUUCUUGUGUCAGAUUCCCCGACCACCAAGGGAAGCUCUACACGGCGGAGAUAGUGCUCGCUUUCUCCUAUCUGCAUAGUCUUAACGUGGUCUACCGUGAUCUCAAGCCCGAGAACCUCCUCAUCACACGAGAGGGGCGGAUCAAGGUGACUGACUUUGGCUUCGCCAAGGUUGUCGAGGAUCGGACAUGGACUCUAUGCGGGACCCCCGAAUACCUUGCGCCCGAAAUCAUCCAGAGCAAAGGGCACGGCCGAUCGGUCGACUGGUGGGCGCUGGGGGUGCUCAUUCACGAGAUGCUUGCUGGAUUCCCCCCCUUUUACGACGAAAACCCGAUCGGGAUCUACCAGAAGAUCUUGGCGGGCAAGCUGGACAUCCCUCGUCAUGUGGAUAGUAAAGCGAAGGACAUUAUUAAGCGGCUACUCACCAUCGACCGUACCAGCCGCCUGGGGUGCAUGAAGGGGGGGUCGCGGGCGGUAAAGGAGCACAAAUGGUUCCACGGCAUAGACUGGGAGGCAGUGUACAAUGGGCAGGUGGAGGCGCCUUUCCUACCUAAGGUGCAGGGACUGGGUGAUACGUCUAACUUCGAGAGCUAUCCUGAAUCCGUAGAGGACGACUCUCCGCCUCUCAGCGCGGAAGAAAAUGCCCUCUUCGAAGAAUUGGAAAACUUUUGA